CCUGGAAUGGAUGUAGAUUGCUCUCCACGUCAGCCUACGUCUAAAAAUUUCUGCCUCGCGGACCUGCUUCAAAGAGGCAAGAGCCAAGGCGCUCCAGAGCCAUGUAAAGGGCGGCUAUAGAGGCAUGACCCACAUAGAGUAGUAGAGUGAAGGAGUGAUGGAUUUUGACGAGCGGGUCCCCGUCGGUUCGAACAUGUAUUUGCCCAGUUGCACCUACUACGUCUCGGCGGGGGCAGACUUCUCCGGUCUACCCUCGUUUUUGUCCCAGACCCCGUCUACUCGGCCCAUGACAUACUCGUACUCCUCUAACCUGCCUCAGGUCCAGCCCGUGAGAGAGGUGACGUUCAGGGACUAUGCCGCCAUUGACGCGUCCGGUAAAUGGUCACACCGGGGGAACCUUCCCCAGUGCUACCCCACCACGGAGGACAUGGUACAUCGGGACUGUCUGUCCUCGCAGCCCACCAUGGGGGAAAUGUUUGCCAAGAACAACCCUACCGCCGCUGCUGCGUAUCACCACCACUCCGGCGCGGGCUGUGCAGUGUCCAAUUUCUACGGGAACGUUGGCAGAAAUGGGGUGCUGCCCCAAGCCUUCGACCAGUUUUUCGACACAGCGUACGCCAACGCCUCAGAAACUCCGUCGUCUAACGACUACUCAGGGGACAAAACGGCCACCAAGCAGACAAGCUCCGCCGCAGAACACGCGCCAUCGUGCCGGGAAACGGAGGGGAAGGAGCCGCGCGAAGAUACCAGCAGCCCGGAGUCCUCUUCCGGCAACAAUGAGGAGAAAUCGAGCAGCAGCAAUGGACAGAGGACUCGUAAAAAAAGAUGUCCUUAUACAAAAUAUCAGAUCCGGGAACUGGAGCGGGAGUUCUUUUUCAGUGUGUAUAUCAACAAAGAGAAGAGACUGCAGCUCUCUCGUAUGCUGAACCUCACCGACCGCCAAGUGAAAAUCUGGUUUCAGAACCGAAGAAUGAAGGAAAAGAAAUUAAACAGAGACAGAUUACAGUAUUACACCACGAACCCGCUGCUUUAGGAGUGACUUGUCAUAUGCGUUUACAGACUUAUUGACUCGCUGUGGUCUCUUUCCCCUGACAUAUGUGUCAGCAACAACAACACAACAACAGCAAUGGCUGUAGCUGCAACACGAUGCUCAACUGUUCAUUUCAAGUUCGUGGACAGGCAGCAGAAUCUCUCCUGAUUUCAACCCGUUUGAGAAUGAGCAUGAUUUAACUGACACACUGACGGCAUUUUGGCCAUCAGACUUUGUUUCAAAAAAUAUUUCUGCGGAUGUUGUCCUCACCAAGACUAUGAACUCUUUCUUGUGUAUCCUAAUAUUAUUGUGACACAGUCGCCUUCAUUUUCUUCUC